UAAUAGUGUAUUUAGGGUUCAGUAUCAACCGCAGUUUCAAACAUCCACUGGUCGACUUGGAAUGCAUCCCCUGCAGAUAAGAGCAAAUUACUGUACUUAACUUACCCUUCUGUCUCCCUUCAGGAUGGAUUGUAGGAAAGCCCCAUGGAAAAUUACAAUCAAACAUCAACUGAUUUCAUCUUGUUGGGGCUGUUCCCACAAUCAAGAAUUGGCCUUUUCCUCUUCAUCCUCAUUGUUUUCAUUUUCCUAAUGGCUCUAAUUGGAAACCUAUCCAUGAUUCUUCUCAUCUCCUUGGACACCCACCUCCACACACCCAUGUAUUUCCUACUUAGUCAGCUCUCCCUCAUUGACCUAAGUUACAUCUCCACCAUUGUUCCUAAGAUGGCUUCUGAUUUUCUGCAUGGAAACAAGUCCAUCUCCUUCACUGGGUGUGGGAUUCAGAGUUUCUUCUUCUUGGCAUUAGGAGGUGCAGAAGCACUGCUUUUGGCAUCUAUGGCCUAUGAUCGUUACAUUGCUGUUUGCUUUCCUCUCCACUAUCCCAUCUGCAUGAGCAAAAGAGUGUGUGCGCUGAUGGUAACAGGAUCUUGGAUCAUAGGCUCUAUCAAUGCUUGUGCUCACACUGUAUAUAUUCUCCAUAUUCCUUAUUGCCGAUCCAGGGCCAUCAAUCAUUUCUUCUGUGAUGUCCCAGCCAUGGUGACUCUGGCCUGCACGGACACCUGGGUCUAUGAGGGCACAGUGUUUUUGAGCACCACCAUCUUUCUGGUGUUUCCCUUCAUUGGUAUUUCAUGUUCCUAUGGCCGGGUUCUCCUUGCUGUCUACCGCAUGAAAUCUGCAGAAGGGAGGAAGAAGGCCUACCUGACCUGCAGCACCCACCUCACUGUAGUAACUUUCUACUAUGCACCUUUUCUCUACACUAAUCUACGUCCAAGAUCCCUGCGAUCUCCAACAGAGGACAAGGUUCUGGCUGUCUUCUACACCAUCCUCACCCCAAUGCUCAACCCCAUCAUCUACAGCCUGAGAAACAAGGAGGUGAUGGGGGCCCUGACACGAGUGAGUCAGAGAAUCUGCUCUGUGAAAAUAUAGACACACUUUCUGUUUAAGGCCCCAGGGCUCAUAUACACAUCCAUUCAGCAGUGUAUAGUAAUAAAAUAUUAUUUCAUUCCUAGAGUGCAGGAGUAAAAGUAACCAAGGGAAGAAGAAAAUCACUGAUGUCUGGACAAAA